AUGCCGUUUGCAGGAACCGAAUCACAAGUCGGCUCCUCCAGCCCCAUGUCUGUCCUCGCACCACUCACCAACUCGAGCGUGCGCAACGAUGCUUCUUCGGACAAUGUGGAAGCGCAAGGGAUACCGACAAAGGCAGUCGCGCACUCGAGCGCUUGGGAAGAAACUCAACCUGAAGAACGCGAAUCUACGUGGGACAGAGAGGGCGACAUGGAUUACAAGGGCGUUUGAGAGCGAGAUUCCCCCCCUCUGCCUCCUUCGUUCCCUCCCUUUGUCCUCUUCUUAGGCCCAUCACAUCCUACACAGAAUCGGAAUGA